AUGAGUAACGAGACAGAGACUAUGCAAGCGGUGGUCUAUGAGGGUCCCUUCAAUAUUGUCGUGAAGGAGAAACCCAAGCCUCAAAUCAUUGAUGAAACCGACGCGAUUUUGAAAGUACAUGUCGCAGGAAUAUGUGGGAGUGAUUUACACAUGUAUCGUGGCCACCAAAAGACUACCACUGGGCAUAUAAUGGGACACGAAUUCAUUGGGACAGUCGAGAACGUUGGAUCGGCGAUCUCGCGGUUCAAGGUCGGUCAGAAGGUCAUGUCUAUCUUCUCUCCUAUGUGGUAUGCACUCGAUUUAGAGGUCUUGGAUUUGUUGAUCUCACUCACGCGCUACAUUCAAAUGGCUAACCUUGGCACAAUCAGCAUGAAUUGUUGGUUCUGCGAACAUGGCCAUACAAAUAGAUGUGUCAACGGUCCGUCUUUCGGAAGCAUGGCACUUGACGGAGGACAGGCCGAGUAUGUCCGAGUACCUUUCGCCGACAGCACUCUCGAGUUCCUUAUCGAGGAAGUUCCCGAGGAAAUGAUGGUUAUCAUGUGCGAUAUCUUCCCGACAGGUUAUUAUGGGGCCAUGAAAGCCAUCACAAAGCUGAUGCGAAACACUGACACGGCAGAGUCCAUCAUGGGAGGCACCUUGCAUGCGCCGUCCGCACUUCGACCCGCUUUCAAGAAGAUCACUCUCGACCAAGCAGUUGUUAUAUGUCUUGGGUGUGGACCUGUUGGGAUAUGUGCCAUUCUGACAGCCAAAGUGCUUGGCGCAGGCACGGUUUAUGCCGUUGACUCGGUUGAUGAACGGCUGGCUCAAGCGCAGAGGAUGGGAGCCUUGCCCUUGCAGUUGGGAACCGAUGAUAUCCCUGAAAUUGUCAGAGCUGCUACCGGAGGUCGUGGGGCUGAUGCUAUCAUUGAAAGCGUCGGAAAUCAAUCCGCGAUGCGGCUGGCCAUCGAUCUGGUGAGACCAUGUGGUAUUGUUUCAUCCAUUGGUUUUCACCAAUCCGAACUACCUUACACGGGAUUUGAGGCCUAUUCCAAGAAUCUCGAGUCUUAUAGUAUCAAUAUGGGAAGAGCCGCUGUACGACCGGUUUUUGGGGAGGCGCUCAAGGUCUUCGUAGACAAUCAGGAUAAGUUCACCGACUUUAUAACACAUCGCACGCCGCUGAAAGACGCGGCCAUGGGCUAUGAGAUUUUUGAAAAGCACCAGGCUCGCAAGGUAAUCUUGACUCUUUAG